CCUGAACAAUGAACAUCCAUGGCCGCACCUGAAAGGGCUUUUCACGAUGAAGAAGGCUAGUUUGAUUGUGUCAUGUGCGUUUAGCUUGCUCAAGCCAGUUGAGAUAUCAACAUUAAUUCUACGUCUAAUUUGAAGAAACAUAUUGAGCCGCGCGCUGUUUGACUGAAAGGCAGCUGUUUGCGUGCUGGAGUAUCAAGGUAUACAUGCUCGUGUGUUCUGCUAAUGUGGCUAUGCACUUAAACGGUCAAAUACUCUUCAUUACUCCACCAAAAUACCCAUCUUGGCGAGGUAUUAAUGUAAACACAGCAAUAGUAUCCAGCUGCAGACCCGCAGCACCAGCAGUUUCAGAAUAGCAGCGCCAGAACCGCAGCCACAGAACGGAUGUGAGGGACAGAGUUAUUGACAACGAGAUAAGCAUGGCGGAGAGCACGAGACAUGUAACAAUUCAGAGAGGUGAUACGUUACUUCAGCUGCAACAGUGCAACAAGUGUUGCAGCAAUUACCACUGCCCUUUUUGCUCGGCCAGCGUGUUUAAGCCAGCCAAACUGGUCAAAUUAAAAAGUCAUCUUCAAAGCCACUUCAACAAGGCAGUUGUCCAUGGAGCAGUAAGAUGACAGCUAAAAUUGCUCCUGGCACAUGGAUGCUACUGAAAAACAAGGAUGUCCCCCAACAAAUUGGUGGUGUGGACUGUGGAGUCUUCAUGUUGAUGUAUGCUCUACAUCUUGUUUUGGGAGCACCCUUUGAUUUUACAUCUUGCGACUUUCCAAACAUACGGAUAUGGUGGGCUCUUAUUGUUCUGGAGAACUUUGGGGUUUUCUCUGAAAGUAGAGAAUCCCUUCAAGAGGCCCUUCCAAGUGGAGAACAAGCUACGCUUAGCAGCAGUGAGGAGCUCCCAGUAAUCCGACACAUGACAGAAGCUGUGAAAUGGCUCCAUUCCAACAGACAUCUGCUCAGGGGCCCAGUGGAAGAGCCUCUUUUAAUUACAAUGGAUGAAGAGGACAAGGAAAAGGCCCUCAACAAUCUCCUGGAACAAUCAGAAGCUUCCAAAGAGCCCUUCACAUUUCAUUUUGUGUUCAGGGAUGACAUGGAGUUAUUUUUGCAGGAAUGUCAUGACAAAAUUGGCCUAAGAAUGAAUUGUUCAUUUGAGGAAUUUUUAUGUAAUUAUUUGUUGUAUAAAGUUUGAUUGUUUCUUUUAAAAUUAUGUUGCUGUUUGUUUUUUUAUUUUAAUUUUUUAUAAUAAUAUCUAGUUGUAUUGUAGUUAUAUUUUUAUUGAAAUGUUUUAGUUUUCAUAUAGAAAAGUGCAUGCUGCACAUGUUCUUGGCUUUGGAAUAAACGUUUAUUUUGAAUGCUGUGAUUUAAAGUAUAUUUCAUAUUAAAUGGUCAUAAGUUUCUUUAAGCAUUAUUUCUAAUAUCACGAACAGGAAAUAAUACUCACAUAAUACAAUGAAACGGAUAACAUUAUACAAUAAUAUUACACAUGAUUAAUGUUUUAAAAUGCUUAUUGUACUGUACCUUACUGUAUCAUUAUAAUUUAUACAUGUAUGAACUGAAAAGUGGCCUUAUUUAAAAGUAUGAUGUUUCGCAUGUAAUAAAAG